AAACUCCGACGCACAGAGGCGGUAUUUUUGGUGCUUUACCCAUAGUUGGCUGUGGGGCUUUCCUCGUUUUAGCUCAUUGAAUCCUCUCCACAGCUCAUUUGACAGAUGAAGAAACUGAGGCUUGGAAAAGGGAAGUGACCUUUUCAGGGCCCUCCAGCCUGGACUGGUAGAGAGCGUGACCUUGGGACCAGGGAGUUUCGGGGGGCAGGUGGGGGGGCCCCCUACAGCCUUCUGCCUGGCCUCGGGCUGUGAGUCAGUAGUGGCGCCCGCAGUCACAGUGGACUCUGGACUUAUUAUAUUAGAAGCAACUUGAGUGGGAGAGGUAAGGCAGGGAGCAGGCCCUCCCAGAGGCUGGAGCCCCUGCUCCUCCCCCUUCUGCCCUGCCCUGCCCUGCUCCUCCUUGCUGAGGCUGGAAGAAGCAGGGGCCACGGACAGAGCGGGUUCCUGUGUCACUGGUGACCUAGUACCCAGCCAGCCCCAGUUUGGGCAGUGAGGGGAGGAGGGCUGCUGAGUGUGAGGGAAAUUGCUCUUUCUUUGGCCUUAAUGGGGUGGGGCCACCCCAGGAUUAGCCCCUUUGGGCCACUUGUCUGGAGCGUGCGAUCCUGGACACAGCAUUGGCCCUUUGGGCAGGUCACCUAACCUCUCUGUGUCUCGGUUUCCACAUCGCCUAACACGGGACAGGGGCACACCUUCUGGGGGAGCUGUUGAGAGGUCUAAGACGACUGUUUGACUCAUUCUACAGGCAUCUGAGCGGACACCAGGAUGGAGUUCAGGCAAAAAAACAACAACUCUGCCCUCCUAGAACAGGUGAACGCGACCCAGAUGUUGAAACAGAGGCCCGGAGAGGCUUAAAGCUUGCCUGAGGUCACACAGCCUGGACACGACAGAGCUGACAUUUGAACCCAGAGAAGAGCAAGCCAAGAGCAGACCGGGCCGAGGGCAGGGAGGCGAGCGGUGGCCUGAGAGGCCCUGAGCUCCCUGCAGACCCGGCCGCGCCGCCAUGAAGCUGAACGAGCGCAGCCUGGCCUUCUACGCCACCUGCGACGCCCCGGUGGACAACGCGGGCUUCCUGCACAAGAAGGGCGGCCGGCACGCGGCCUACCACCGGCGCUGGUUCGUGCUGCGCGGCAACAUGCUCUUCUACUUCGAGGAGCCGGGCAGCCGGGAGCCCGUGGGCGUCAUCAUCCUGGAAGGCUGCACCGUGGAGCUCGUGGAGGCCGCGGAGGAGUUCGCCUUCGCCGUGCGCUUCGCCGGGGCCCGGGUCCGCACCUACGUUCUGGCCGCCGAGAGCCAGGCCGCCAUGGAGGGCUGGGUGAAGGCGCUGUCCCGGGCCAGCUUCGACUACCUGCGGCUGGUGGUGCGUGAGCUGGAGCAGCAGCUGGCCGCCAUGCGGGCUGGGGGCUGCCCGCCCCCACCGUGCCGGCCCCGCGCCCUCCUGCCCAAGGAGAACGGCUGUGCGGUCUGGAGCGCCGAGACACCCGCCGCCCCCACAGGCGCCUCCCCCCGGGCCCGGCCUGGCCCCGAGCCCCCGCCACUGCCACCCCGCCGGCGGGCCUCGGCGCCCAACGGGCCUCUGGACUCGGCCUCCUUUGCCCAGCUGCACGAGCUGUACGGGCAGGAGGUCAGGGCCCUGAGGAGCCAGUGGCUCAGAAGCCGGGCUCAGCCCUGAAGCGGUGGGGGGAGGGCCUGUGCUGAGGGGCAAGGGUCAAAGCCAGCCCCGAGGUCACCAGCCAGCGGCCCUGGUUCUGGAGGGACUCUGGCCCUGAGCCCUGCCCUGACGGGCCUGUCCUGAGAGACUGGGGGCCUGGGCCCGAGGGAAGCCACGGCCAAGCCCUACAGAAAACCGGGCCCCCCGUGUGGCCUGCUUUCAGGGGACUUAAGCUCUGAGAAGAUGCUGGACUCGGAGGGGUGCUCCAGGACUCAGAGGAGGCCAUAGUACCUCCCAGGAAGAAUCGGGGGCCUGGCUGAGCCUCCAGAAGCUUGAGGGCUGGGACUCCAGCCCCAGCCCCAGGCCCAGCCCGAUCACCCAGCAAAGGCCUGUUGCUGGCAUCAGGUCCUGGCUGCAGCCACUGGGACCUGACGGGGAUCUGUGGCCCGAAGGCAAGUGCCCUGUCAGCCUGGUCCCUGACGGGGCCUCCACACACAGAGGGAAGGCUCGGGCGUGCCACACUCCUGGGUGGGACCUGCUUUUGCUCCCGGAGCAGCAGGUGAGGAGGCGACGGCAGGUUUUAAUGCCGAACCGGUAUGGUGAGGUCACCUAGUCCCCAGGGCUACUGGCUGGAGUGGGGCCCAGGCAGGACUUUGCCCUGGGCCUCGGCCAGGCCUUGAGGUGGCACUCCUGGUGUGGCAGUGACCCUGCAGCCUCGAGCCUGUCUGCGUUCCUGUGGUGGCCGUCACUCGCUCUCCUGACAGUCCUCAACUACACCCUCAGUCUCCCGAGCUCCCUGGGACUAGGCCUCGCGGGAGCUCUUCUGACCGGGUUCAGCCUGGGCGGGCGGCCGUGGCCUGAGCUGCCUUUCCAGCAGGUUUCACUGGGGGGGGGGGGGCGGCCACCGGCUGACUCCCCGCCCAGGACGGGCCAGGUGCUGGUCCCGCGGGGCUAAGCAGCAGGCGUGAGGCUGUGCGUGGCUGCUGGGACCGCCUCCACUCCUGGUUUCCUGAUGGAUGGUGAGGCCAUUGUUCUCAUCUCCACGGUGGCUGCUCUUUGUCCAGGGAGACUCUGGGGGCUGGGUCCUGUUUACAGUCCUCGGUGCCCCGUGCUGGGGACUCCCGGAGGACACCUCCCCUCGACCUCUGUUCUCCAGAAGACGACCCCUCUUGGUGACAAACGUGGCCCGAGAUCCCUUCCUGCUGUCUCUGAGAGACCCCGGGGCUCAGGGGACGAGCGGAGGCGCUGGCUGCCUGCAGUCUCGGGCUCGCCGCUGGCUCGGGUGACGGGCUCCUGUUUUAAUUUAAUUUUUGAUACUGAGGUGCUUUGAAGCUACAAAGCUUGGCGCUUUCACGACUUCCGUUUCUUGUUGGCUGCUGAGAAGGGACAGGGUGCCAGGCUCUCAGCCUGGCUGGGGUGGUGGCGAGAGAGGACAGUUUGGACGUCCCCGGGACAGGGCCCGGAAUCUUGGCUGGAAACCAGGGCAUCUCAAGAAUCUCACCGGGUGCUCUGCCUUCUCCAGGCCAGCCCUGCUCGGGGCAGGUGCCUGUGGGGCUUCGGUGUGCCCCUGUGCCUGGUUCCCGAGUCCUGAGUGGUGGUGGUGGUGGGGGGGGGGGGGUUGUGGCUCUUGUCCGCAGGCCCUGGGUCGGCAGGGUGUCAGGAGCCGCCCAGACCUGGCUGGUGGGCGAGGUGGUGGCCCCAGUCCUGGUGCAGGUUUACAGGCUCUAAGGGUACUGUGCCCUGGUCUCCAUGGGGGUGGGGGGGGCUGGUGGGAAUUACCCCCAUUCCUGCCCCCAUCCCCAAAGCAUAAGGUGGGGUCAGGCUGCCUUCACAGCUGGGUGAGGGGAGACAUGUCAGGCAGCCUGGGACGGGGGAUUGUAAAAGCUAAAAUAAAAUAAUCAAAAGUCUGUCAAGUAA